GGUUACCAUAUUUGUUUAUAUCUUCCCCAGUCCUCUAGCUGCUCUUAUUAUGUAUUUAUAUUCUCGCACAUGUUAGUUUAGAUUUCGUUCUUUAAAAAUAUAGUCACGUUUUAAAAUAAAGUUUUAUUUGUAUCCGAAUUUAUCUGGAAAUUCAUUGGAGCCCUCGGAGAGAUACUUUGCUUAUGUAUCUAUGGUUUUAUUUAGUGGUUUUUAGUUGUCUUAUUUUUAUUGGUUUGGUUUAAAGUUUGGUGUUGUUUUGAUUUUAAAAAUGGGUGAUUUCGCGAAGUACAACAAAGUUAGAAAGUCUGUUGUUAGAACUGCAAACAAAUUAAUUACAAGGGGAGAGACAAUUAUUUCGUCAUAUACCGAUAAUGUUGCAGAUGUUCGUCAAAUUGAGUCGAUCCGUGAUACUUUGAUGGAAAAAAUAGCGAAAGUUGCUGAACUAAACGAGUCGAUUAUGGAUUGCUUGACAGAGCAGGAUGAUAUCGACAAGGAAGAAGAUUCUAGUACGGAGGAAAUGAUGAUGUUAAAGGAUAAACUUCGUCUGUUUGAAUCAUUUUUAGAAAAACGAUCAGCCAAAAAGGAUUUUUCAGAAGCAGGAAGCACUUUCAGCCACAGUAAACUAAUAAAAUUGCCUCGCUUACAUUUACAGCCCUUUGAUGGGCAUCCGGAAAACUGGUCGACUUUCUGGGAUAGCUUUGAAUGUGCCGUACACACUAAUGACGAUAUUUCCGACGUUCAAAAAAUGACCUAUUUAAAAAAUCUAGUAGAAGGUCCCGCUGCAAGUUGUAUCGCUGGGUUUAGACUUAGCAAUGAAAAUUAUAAAACCGUCGUUGAUUUACUGAAAGAGAGAUAUAAUAAUAAACAGUUACUUAUUUCAGCACAUAUGAAAAAAUUACUGAAACUUGAACAGGCGAAUAACUUAACUAACAUAGAAACAUUGCGUAAUGUAUUUGACAACGUUGAGACACAAGUGAGAAGUCUGGAAAAUUUAGAUGUCACGUCUGAAAAUUAUGGUCCGCUAUUAAUACCGGUACUUAUGUCGAAACUUCCAGAAGAGCUUAAUUUAAUUAUUAGUCGUCAAUUUAACGACAAAGAUUGCUGGGAUAUGAAGUUAGUUUUAAGAGCGUUAAAAUCGGAGAUCGAAGUUCGUGAGAAAUCUGCAUAUUCUUUACAACAGCCACACGAUAACAACCCGUUUUCAUCAUCGGCAUUACCAGUUCACUAUUCACAUCAAUCGAACCGUGAUCUUCCGCACAAUCAGUAUCAGAACAAUCAGCAUAAUUAUCGCAAUCAUCAGAAUAAUCAGAAUAAUUAUAGAUGCAUAUUUUGUGACAAAUCGCAUAAAUCACAGCAAUGCCGAAUAAUCACUAAUUUCGACGCAAGGAAAAACGUGUUACGUGACAAGAAGAGAUGUUUUGUUUGUUUGAAAGGUGGACAUUUAGCCAAGUCUUGUUAUUCUAAGAUUAGUUGUUUAAAGUGUUCGGGUAGACACCAUGUUGCUAUUUGUGAUAAGAAAAGGGACGUUGACCAAGGUCGUAGAGAUAAGGAUGGAACCGAACAAGAAAAACCAGAAAAUGUUGCUGGUGCCACUUCGUUGGUUACAAUUUCAAAUUCGCUCGACAUUCCGAGUUCCGUUAUGUUGCAAACCGCUAAAGUUAAAGUUGUUAAUACUACUGAUCCUUCAAAAAUUGAGAACACGAGAAUUUUGUUCGAUAACUGUUCCCAAUUAAGUUACAUAUCGCCCGAGUUAUGUGAAAAAUUGCAAUUAAAGGUUGUUGGUAAGCGUGAGAUUUGCAUCCGUAUUUUUGGUAAACAUUCGUUCAAAGAAACUUUAGAUAGGGUGCAGUUUUCAGUGAUCGGUUUAGAUGGAGAUAAAAUCAACGUUGAUUGUUAUUUGAAAAAUAUUUGUCAUCCUUUAACAGGACAGAAUUUUAACGAUUGUUUGAAGUAUAAACACUUGAAAGACUUACGUUUAGCUGACAGUAACUGUAAUAAUAGAGAUUUGAAGGUGGAUGUCUUGUUGGGUGCUGAUAAUUAUUGGAAAUUUUUUGAUGGUGGUAUAGUUCGGGGUGAGGAUGGGCCAGUUGCUUUAAAUUCAAAGGUUGGAUACAUUGUAAGUGGACGCAUAGGGUCGAGUGAAGGUAGUAGAAGUGCAGUCUUGGUAGCAAACGUAUUGAAGAUUGGGGCUGAGUUUGUCGAAGAUAAGUUGGAUAAUCAGUUGGAAAAGUUUUGGUCCUUCGAAAACGCUGGUAUCGAGGAACAACCAGCUGUUGAAAAUUUUUGUGAAAAUGUUAAAUUCAGCGCGCAGACUAAACGUUACGAGGUGCGGCUGCCUUUUAAGGAUGAUCACGAUGUGCUCCCUGAUAAUUAUUGUGUUUCUUCAAAGAGACUUGAAUCAUUGAGGCAUAAAUUGAAAAAUAAUCCCGAAUUAUUGCGUAAUUAUAACAGUAUCCUCAAAGAACAGCUUGAACAAGGUAUCAUUGAAAGAGUUACCAACGACGAUUGUACCAAAAGACAAGUUCACUAUUUACCACACCGACCAGUCAUUCGUGAUGAUAAACCAAGCACCAAAGUACGCAUGGUAUUCGAUGCAAGUUCAAAAUCGGUGGGACUGUCUUCAUUAAAUGAUUGUUUGUAUGCUGGACCAUCUUUAACGGAGCCUUUAUAUAACGUUUUAUUGCGCUUUCGAUCUCACAAAGUAGCCUUCAUUGCUGAUAUCGAGAAGGCAUUUUUACAAAUUAGCUUACAUCCAACCGAUCGUGAUUUUGUUCGUUUUAUUUGGUUUAAAGAUUUACAUAAUUUAUCAGAACAAAACAUUGAAACUGCAGAAAUUGGUAUUUAUAGAUUGAGUAGAGUAUUGUUUGGUGUAAGUUCGUCACCAUUCCUCCUUAGUGCCACUCUUAUUAAGCAUGCUGAAUCGUUUAAUCAUGUUGAUCCUUUGUUUGUACAGAAGUUAUUGAGUUCACUUCACGUUGAUGAUCUAACUUCCGGUGGCGCUACUGUUAAUGCAGCACAUGAUUUUUACCAGAAAUGUAAACAACGUCUCGCUGAAGCAAAUUUCAAUCUGCAUAAAUUUCAUUCGAAUUCCGAAGAGUUGGAACAAUUAGUUACCAAACCCCAUGUUGCUCAUACCGGACAUGUUACCAAAGUUCUUGGUGUUUUGUGGGAUAAAAAGAAAGAUUCGCUCUUAUUCACAUUCGACGACAUUUUAUCGUUAGCGAAGGACAUACCGACAAAACGACAAUUGAUUAAAUUUACCGCUUCCAUUUAUGACCCUCUUGGUCUUAUUAACCCUAUUGUUAUGCGAUUAAAAACAUUGUUUCAAAAAACCUGUGUAGGUAAAAUUGGUUGGGACAUCGAGUUGAGUGGACAGGUUUUGGACGAGUGGCGAGUUACGUACAAUGAUUUUAAAAGUUUUUCACAUUUGAAUGUACCACGAUGUUACGAUGGCGGGAAUAUUGUUGAUGUACAAUUGCAUGGUUUUUCUGAUGCUUCUUUGAAAGGUUACGGUGCGUGUGUUUAUUUGAGGUUCGAACAUGCUGAUGGUAGUUUUUUUACGAAGUUAGUGACGUCUAAGUCGAGAAUCGCGCCAAUUAAACCGGUCACGAUACCUCGAUUGGAGCUGUAUGGUGCAGUGAUGUUAGCGAAGCUGGUGAAGUAUGUUCGUGAUGAGUUGAGUUUGGUUUAUGAUAUUUCUGUGACACGGUGUUGGAUUGAUUCGUCUAUUGUUUUAUAUUGGAUUAAAAAUGUUAAUAAGAAGUAUGAGGUGGUUGUCGAACGGCGAGUUGGUAUCAUUCGUGAUUUAGUUUCACCGGACAGUUGGUUUCAUGUGGAGUCAAAGGCAAAUCCUGCGGAUAUUUUGUCGAGAGGUUGUUUGGUAUCUGAGUUGGUGAACAAUAACUUAUGGUUUUCAGGACCUGAUUUCUUGCGCGACACUAACAUCUCAGCUUCGAGUUUUAAUUUCAGUAAUUUCAAGGUUGAUGAUUCGACUUGUUUAAUUGUUGGUAACGACGAAUCAGAGGAGAGCACCGAAGAAGAAAUUGAUUUAAAUUUUAUGAACAUUGCACGAUAUUCUAAUUACACACGUUUAUUGCGAAUUACCGCAUUGGUUUUACGAUUUGUUGGAAACCUCAGAAAAAAGCGUCGUAAGGAAGAAUUGGUUUUACAUACAUUUGUUACAAAGGACGAGCAGUUGCAUGCAGAAAAACUGUGGAUUAAAUAUGCGCAAAAAGAUAUAAUUCAACUUCCGAGUUACAAGCAGUUACAAAAAGAUUUACGAUUUCAAAAUAUUGAUGGUAUUAUUCGUUGUAAGGGACGCUUAGAAAACGCUCCUUUAGACUUUGAUACUAAGUUUCCGAUAUUUUUACCGAAAAAAAAUCCUUUAACUAGGCUAGUCAUUUUGCAUUAUCAUGUUCAAGUUUUGCAUAAUGGUUUGAAAGAAACACUUAAUGCCAUCAGAUCGAAAUUUUGGAUUCCAAAAGCACGAAAUUACAUAAAGCAGUUAAUCCGACAGUGCUAUUUAUGUCGUUAUUAUGAAGGGAAAUCUUAUGCGUAUCCUGUUUCACCAGCAUUACCGAAAUCACGACUAUCCAAUCAUCAUCCGUUUAAACAUACUGGUCUCGACUAUGCCGGACCUUUAUAUGUUCGAAAUGUUUAUCAUGGUGGAAGUAUGUAUAAAGCUUGGGUGUUCUUAUUUACUUGUACCAGUACCAGAGCUUUACAUUUGGAUUUAGUUCCUGAUGCUUCGUCUUCAGGUUGUAUUCGUAGUCUUCGCCGAUUUUUCAGUGAACGAGAAGCCGCUCCUUGGUGGGGAGGGAUGUUCGAAAGACUUGUAAGAUCCGUUAAACGUUGUUUAAAGAAGACUUUACACAAUACCAGAUUAUCGUAUGAAGAACUACUGACUGUUCUAGCUGAAAUUCAAGCAGUUAUUAAUAACAGACCGCUGACAUUUUUGUAUGAAAACAUAGGUGAGCAACCAUUAACACCUAACCAUUUAUUAUUUGGGAGAAAAAUUAAUUUGGAAGCCUCACAUAUUGAUAGCGAUGAAAAUGAAAAAGAUUUGUGUCAACGUUAUGAUCAUUUGCAACGUAUCAUAAACCACUAUUGGAAUCGAUGGAAAUGCGAAUAUUUGACAGAGUUACGCGAAUAUCACAGAGUUGGCAAAUCACGUGGUGAAACUUCUAUUCGAAUCAACGAUGUUGUUUUAAUUGAGGAAGCAAAGCAACCGAGACAAAAUUGGAAAAUGGGAGUCGUUGAAGAGUUCGUACCAUCACGUGACGGCAAGAAACGCGGAGCUGUCGUUAGAUAUGUUCUCAAUGGAAACACACAUACAAUAAGAAGACCGAUAAACAAACUUUAUCCUGUUGAAUUAGCGAAAGACGAAGCUGAAAAGAAAGAAGAAGUAAAUAUCACAUUCAUUGACGAAAAUGAUAUCAUAACGAACAUUUAAAUAAGAAACAUAAAGACAUUAUGUUAUACAUUUGUUGACACUUUUAUAGUUCAUCACGUAUUUGUUAUAUAUAAGAUAUUUAGGCAGCUAGGGGGGAGGAUGUGGUUACCAUAUUUGUUUAUAUCUUCCCCAGUCCUCUAGCUGCUCUUAUUAUGUAUUUAUAUUCUCGCACAUGUUAGUUUAGAUUUCGUUCUUUAAAAAUAUAGUCACGUUUUAAAAUAAA